GGCAUGGAUGGGAAGAAAUGCAGUGUCUGGAUGUUUCUACCUCUUGUAUUUACUUUGUUUACUUCAGCUGGGUUGUGGAUAGUGUACUUUAUAGCUGUGGAAGAUGACAAAAUUUUGCCAUUAAAUGCAGGUGAAAGGAAACCCGGUAUGAAGCGCGCACCAUAUAUAAGCAUUGCAGGUGACGAUCCUCCUGCAAGCUGUGUGUUCAGUCAAGUUAUGAACAUGGCAGCCUUCCUAGCCCUUGUGGUAGCUGUUCUGCGCUUCAUACAACUGAAACCCAAGGUUUUAAACCCGUGGCUGAAUAUUAGUGGACUGGUGGCGCUGUGUCUGGCUUCCUUUGGAAUGACCUUACUUGGUAAUUUUCAGCUCACAAAUGAUGAAGAAAUCCAUAACGUCGGAACUUCCUUGACCUUUGGAUUUGGCACGUUGACCUGCUGGAUCCAGGCUGCAUUGACACUCAAAGUCAACAUCAAGAAUGAAGGACGGAAAGUUGGAAUUCCACGAGUUAUUCUGUCAGCGUCUAUCACUCUCUGUGUGGUCCUCUACUUUAUCCUCAUGGCCCAGAACAUCCACAUGUACGCGGCCAGAGUGCAGUGGGGCCUGGUCAUGUGCUUCCUGUCUUACUUUGGCACCUUUGCCGUGGAGUUCCGGCAUUACCGCUACGAGAUUGUUUGUUCUGAGUACCAAGAGAAUUUCCUAAGCUUCUCAGAGAGCCUGUCAGAAGCUUCCGAAUAUCAAACCGACCAGGUGUAACCUGGCAAGAUUGUCCUUGCUGGUGAGGUGGGUGUGAGGGUGGGGGAGGGGCAGGAGCACACACUCACAGGGCCUGAUGUGGGACCUCACGACACAUUUACACACCCGUUCACGGCUACAUUUGCCAAACGAGCUUUACAGGGUGAGUUGUUUCUUUAAUGAAAAAGCACAAGCCCCCAUGUGUGAAAUACACGCUGUUACACGGAAAAUAUAUGCACGACCGAGCAAGAAGCUUGUGCAUGGUCACCUCCCCCACCCCCAGGACUCCCUGCUCGGCUCAUUCUCCUCAUGUGUUUCACACAUGGUGAUCACCCUGCCUAGAGUGGGGCAAGCCAAAUGUUAUGUCCCCAAACUGCCAUCAGAUCCAAAGGGCUUGGAACCAGCCUGCGAGGACAUUGUGAAUCUGGCACCAAUAUUCUUGAACGGACAGUAGUUUAUCAUCCAAUCAGAUGGGACCCUUUGGAGAGCGACCCUGUGUAGCCUGUGGAAAGGCCUCUGCUGGCGGAAGCUCCCUUCAUCUCCCAGUGAUCAGCCGUGGGGAUCCCUGGACAGCGACCUGCUGCGAACUGUGAGAGUGAAGCCCACCACGUGACUGGGCCUUCCCUGUGACUUAAAAAGUUUCCAAAUGUGAAUAUUUGCAGGGGCAUUAUCUGCCAGCUGUGGAACAAGAUGGGGACAGCAAGGGUAGAGUUUGGUUUUGCUUCCAUAGUAUCCCACGCACCGUUUUUGUUUUUUAUUUCAUGGUUUACCCUUUAUGUUUUUCUGUAACUACCAGGGGGUCUCUCUCCAGGUCUCAAGGAUAAAGAUAUGGACCAGAGACAAGAGCUGAGACUCCUUUGGGUUCAACCAUUAACAAAAAGGGGGGGGAAGGUCACCUGCAGGCUUACUCUGCAGCUUUUAUGUGUGAAGCUAAGGAAAUAUUCACAGAAAAGCAUAAAAAAGUAUGAAUGUGUGGAGUUAAUUAAAAGGGCUCCUCCUACACGUUUAUGAAGGAAAAGUCUUUGAGCAUCUUACUGCAAGGUCAAAUCAAGGGAGGCUUUUAAAACAUGUAUCUAUUGCUUAAAUUUAGGGUUUUAUUAAGAGCUUUUCAAUUUUGUAAUUGGUAGAAGACAAUUAAGAAAAUACCCUUCCCCAAACCACAUUGAUCCAGCUGGUCCCAUCUGUGACGAGUUCAGAAAUCAGUCUCAGGUGUGGGGUUUUGAGGCCACACUCCAUAAUGAAAAGCAGAAUUUCACAUUCAAAGUGUGGGAGUGAACCAUGUUGAGAGAUCCCCUCCAUGAGUGCACUUUGCUUCAAGAAAUCCCUCCCUUCAUCGAGGCCUGGGAUUUUGUGGACUAGAAUGUGAAAACAUUUUUUUAUACAACCUGAAGUCUGAGCUUGAGGAAGGAGUCACUGUCCGUCUCUGUGUUUAUCCCCGCUCCUCGCACAGUGCCUGGCACACAUCGGGUGCUCAGUAAAUGUAUGUUUAAUAGAAUCAUGGAUAAUUUAAGAGAAGGAAAAAGGAGUGUCAGAGAGUGACUCGAAGGUGACUGAGACAGAAAGAAGAUGGCAGUUUUGGGUGAGACGGGCCUGGGAAGACUCACGGACUGGGGGGUCGGAUGGGGCGGUGAGACUACCUAGAAGUAAAAUGUGAAAAAGGAUCAAGCUGAGCACAUUCUAUUAAAAAGGCACCUACUGUAAAUAGUCUGAGGUGUCGCUAAGUAG